GCCCCAGGGAGUAUAUGUAUAUUUAAAAUUGAAUGUCGGCGGCGAAGGCGAAACGUGGCGGUGGUGGUUUGGGGGUGGCGGCGGUGGCAUACAUAGCGGUUGACUAUCUGCGGCACCUGUCGCCGUCGUGGCACGAGAUACUACAGCCAUUGCUGUGGAUGAUAUUGGCAGUAAUCGCAAUAACACGUGUUCAUCUGUACAAACACUGGUCAGCUGAGUUUGGAUCAGCUCUAGUAUUCGUGGCGGCUUUAGUGUUGAUGCUGUGCACCUUGCUUUAUGAAAUGAUAUCUGUUCGUUCCGUCACCGCCGUACUCGGUCUAGACUGGCACAGGAGCACUCCACCUCUUCCUGACACUGGACAGUGGAUACUAUUGGGGUUGAACGAGAAACUUCCUCAAGUGAUUGUAGAUGUAUUGAGGGCUCGAAUUGUUGGAUUGCAUCAUUACCUGAUGUUGUUUGUGAUGCUUGCUUUCUCUGUGUUAUUUGGCUCCAUAGAAGCUCCUGGUCUUGGUUUAGGUGCACGAUACAUGUUCACUAUGGCCAUAGGACGGUUUUUGCGAGCCUUAAGUUUUGCAUCUACAAUACUGCCAUCACCUCGACCCUGGUGUGCUGCAAGUCGGUUUGAUGUCCCUCUACAUCCGCAUCGUUGGGCACAGAAAUUUUAUGUCCCUUAUGCUUCUGAUUCUUAUGCUAUAAAGACUGUCAUCCAUCAAGAUAUGGUGUAUGACCAUGGUGUUGUGCAGGAUAAUGAAUAUAGACCAAACUGGGGCUUCAUGAGUUUCCUUGCGGAUUUCCUCCGACCUGUUCCUUCUGGAGAGUCUGCAUGGAUCAAUCUGCUUAAGAAAGCUGGAGGUGGCUGCAAUGAUCUUCUAUAUAGUGGUCACAUGCUUGUUGCAGUCCUUACAGCUAUGGCAUGGACGGAAGCAUAUGGAGGCUUGAGCUCGGGUUUUAUUUGGAUGCUUGUACUCCAUAGUGCCCAGAGAGAAGUAAGAGAAAGGCAUCAUUAUACAGUAGACUGUGUUGUAGCAAUCUAUGUUGGCUUCCUUUUGUGGAAGAUGACAGGGUUCUUGUGGCCACUGAAGAACACCUCACGACAAGCAAGACUAGACAAGCUAGAAAGGAUUGAGGGCAAGCUUUACCAAGCGGCAAAAGAUUCGAAUCUGGAUCAAGUGCGAGACCUACUAGAGCAAGUGGACUCUAGCAGUCCGGGCCACAUCCAAGUUGGCAAGGAGAAAGCUAUGCAGUUUUUUGCUGGCGGCACCAUUAUUUUCGCCCUUACAGUUGUUUUUCUUGCAUUUAUCUUAACUAGUGAUGGAUAAUUGUUGUAUUUCUAUACUACUUUAGGCUACAGAUUUCCCACUUUGUAAACAAUGGUACCCAAUUCUGGUAUAGACCGGGUACGGCAUUUCCAACUUUGUAAACCUCUUAACUAAAACCAUGCACAUGGACACCGAUACGUAAUUUGUGUACUUUAAAUCCA